CUGUUGAUGACACUAGUUAUCUAGUCUGCUUCUGCUUUAAUUCUGCUAAUACUAAAGAAAGAUCAAAAUGUGUUGUUAAUUAUCAGUAUUAUAUUCAAAGUAUAUUUUAGUGUGCUAUGUGUAAUUUAAAAAGUUAAUAUUUCAUGUCAAAUUAAUAUUUUCUCAAAUGUGACAAGUUCUCUGGUGACUUCUUUUGAGAAUCCGUGGUUAAAAAAAAAUCUUUCUCCAUAAAGUUAUGGCUGGCAGCAUUCCUCCACUAGUCUCCUCCUCCCCUCCCCCUUUGUGUGCCUUCGAUGAUGAUGAAGAAGAAGAUGAUGAUGAGUUUGGAAUGUACAAUACCGCUGAGGAAAUUGAUUAUAAUGAAUGUAUCACAUUCAAGGAGAAAGGAGAGGAUAAGCAGAUUGGUAACAAGUCUAGAGGUGAGCAGGACAGCACCAGCCAGGAUUCUGCGACAGACUCCGGGUUGUGUCCUGACAGUGAGGGUAUGUCCCCAACACCUCACAGUGAUGAUGAGCGGAUGGCCCAUAAGCCUGUAGUGCUUUCAACCCAUGCUGUUGCGGCACUGCCAAACGGGCACGUCAUCUCGGAUUGUGAUGGGGAUCUGGCAAAAUCUGAUGAUGACUUUGGAAAUUUUGAGUUCCAUGCUUCACCUGCUCCUCAUGUCGCUGAGAAUCAAUUACACGAGGAGACAGAAAAAAGCCCAAAACCGCCAGAAGUAGAAAAUAAUUGCUUAUUUCUCCCAAAAAAUGAGGAAAUUGAAAAUGAACAGACUAGUGCAGAAUUUAAGGCGUUUCCAGAAGAAGCAGAUAAUCCUGAAAGAAGCAGCGAAAUCCCAGUUGAACCUACAAAAGAAAUAGAUUUAGACUGUGGUGGAGUUUUUUUACCUGAAUUUCCAGCACUUGCUGAACAGUCAGAAAUUGAAGACUUACAGGAUAUACAAAAAGAAAGUAUUAGUGAGAUUAGUGUUGCAUUAGAAACUGAACUCAGUGAAACCACAAAAGCAGAUGAUGUCAAGUUUGAGGACGAAGAUGAUGAGUUUGAUGAUUUUACAGAUUUCAAGGCGAACUUUACCAACAGUUUAGAUUUACCUGAGGCUGACCAGAGUGAUAAAAUUAGUGAACAUUCAAAACCAAUCUCAGAACUGGAACAUUCCGAAGAUGGGGGGAAGUCUUUGCAGAUUCCACAUCUAGAUGAAAGUGAUGAUGAAUUUUCAAAUUUUGCAGAUUUUUCGUCAUCAGAUUGUGCGUUUGUCAGUGCACAAAGCAGCAAUAGUUUAGAAAGUGUUUCACACAUUCCAUUUAAACUUAGUGACAGUACAGAUCUAAGGACAGACUGUGAAUUUCAGGAUUGGGUGUCGGCAUUCCCGAGCGAUUCGGAGGUGAUGGGAGAUGCUGCUGUAGUGCUGCUCAAACCUGAUGAUGUUGUGUGGAUGCGUCUGAUCCCCCUGGAGUCAACCCCUGCUCUCUCUCAUCAGUGGGCAGAGUCUCUGGCCAAUCGUCGUCUGCUGACAGCUCUCAGCAUCGACUCAAGGAACAUUCUGUACAUGCCGUGGAACAACUCAGCAGUGCCGAGGUUUGCCGCCAAUCUGAGCUGCGGACCCUUAGAGCCGGUCAAGGCGACAGAGCCCCUACAGCCAUCACCGCAGCCAGCGGUUACUACACAGCCGGUCACCACACAGGAAUCUGUUCCGGACGCUCACUUCGACUGGGUGAGCAGUGGGCUGACCAAUCCUCUUGAUUCUAGCCAUUCAACUUUGUUGGAUCUGAACUUGAUGGCGACACUCGCAACUCAUCUUACACUUAAUCCAAAACCAGUAUUAAACCUGCCGAAGACGCUGAGUCCAGAAGCAGAGACUACCCUCAGCUCACUACCAGACCUUUCGUUCAUGAGAAAGACGUACAUAGACUUCCCCAUUAACAAAGGGAUAAUAUUUCUGUACUUACCUGUCAAUACUCUGUCCAUUAAUUAUAUAAAUAAAGUGUAUAUAUAUCAUUAAA